GGUGCUUAACAUUCCUCGACCAGAUAAAACAAGGAUCAAAACAAAAAGGUCACAUUUGGGGUUCAAAUCGAAGUUCUCAAGUCAGCAUUCAGGGAUCUUCGGGCAUCUCAUCUCACCCCGCCGCUACAAGACAUGGAAUGAAAGCCCAGCCAACUGUCGACGAACCUCUCAACCUAUUUCACCCACCGGCGAUCAGCCAACAUGGACGCCCAUGAGGAUGAUGGCGACAUCAAGCUGCAAAAGGCCUCAUCGGAACUGAUUGCAGAAUUCUCUCGCUCACUCCCGCUCUUCCUCCGCAAGCCCGAUGGCAAGACCCUCCGCGCCCGCGUCAGGGUGUCGGAGACCUCACGUCUGACUUCAAGCCUCCUUGACCCAUUCCAAGAACUCCCUCAACUACUGGACCCUCACCUCCCGGAAUGGCUUCCCCUCCUUGCGUCAACGUACCUAGAGCACCUCAACACCCGCACCCGCACUCGGGCCCGGCCAUCGGCUUCAACCCGCUCCCAGCUCCUCGAGCCCCUGAGCCUUGCCAUCGCCAAAAUCAUCUAUUACUUCACCAAGAUCCGGGGCGAAAAGGUCAUCGUCCGCUUUCUCAACGUCGAGUCCCGCCACAUCGAGCCACUCCUCUCGGCCCUUGAGGCCUCGGAGCACGCCUCGUCAACCGCCCGCCCCGCGCUCAACUCCCUUUCUUCGCCCCAGUCAUCCUCUGCCGUGUCAGUAUCCUCACCAGGCGCAGCCGCAAUAUGGUCUUGGGAGGAGCGUUACCUCGUCCUCCUCUGGCUCUCCCACCUCCUCCUCGCCCCCUUCGACCUCUCUACCAUCUCUUCCGCCUCCGCCGAUCCGGAUCUCACCCUCCCCUCGAUCCCAGACUUUGACUGGCCCGAGGACCUCCCCGGAAUCACCGUCCGCAUCCUCCCGAUCGCCAUCAAGUACCUCGCCUCCUCCGGCAAAGAACGCGACGGCGCCCGGGCUCUCCUCGUUCGCGUCGCCAUGCGCCGUGACAUGCAAUCCCAAGGCGUCCUCUCCGCCCUCGUCCGCUGGUCCCUCGCCUCCCUGAAAACCUCACCCUCACCAUCCUCCUCCGAUGCUGCGACACCGGCACCACCACCGCAGCCGCCCUACUUCUACAUCGGCGUCCUCUCCUUCCUCGCCGGCGUCCUCCGAUCCUCCAUAAACACCUCCGACAUGGACGCCUACCUCUCGCCCAUCUUCCUGACCGCGCACGCAGUCGCCUCCGCCGAAGGCGCCCCAGACACCACAGUCGCGGCCGCCCCGUCCGUCUCAACCGCCAUCCGCUCCGUCGCCGUAGCGCGCAAGAUGCUCAUCAAAGUCAUCCGCUCCGUCACCGUCCUCCUCCUACGCAGCAACAAAGCCCCAUCAGACCAGCAGAGCACCGACGAGCUAGUCGAAAUGUCCAUCGGCUACCUCCUCGAAUCCCUCGCCGACAACGACACCCCCGUUCGCCUGGCCGCCUCCAAAGCCCUAAGCAUCGUCACCCUCAAACUCGACCCGGACAUGGCCUCCCAAGUCGUCGACGCCGUCCUCGACUCCCUCAACCGCAACGUCUUUUGGACCCGCGACCCGGGCACCUCCAAAGGAACCUCUUCUUCCGCAAACACCACCACCUCCACGCGCGACCUCACAGCCGUCGACCCCCUAGAAUGGCAUGGCCUAAUGCUCACCCUCUCCCAUCUCCUCUACCGCCGCUCACCGCCCGCCUCCCAACUCCCCUCUAUCGUCCACGGCCUCCUCCUCGGCCUCUCCUUUGAGAAACGCAGCACCUCGGGCGGCUCCAUCGGCACAAACGUCCGCGACGCAGCCUGCUUCGGCAUCUGGGCCCUCGCACGCCGCUACACCACCCCAGAACUCCUUCACGUUCCCACCGCGUCCGUCGUCGCGGCACGCAGCUACCACAACCCCUCCACCUCCUCCAACGCCUCAUCCAACGUAUCCGCCUCCAGCGUCUCCAUCCUCCAAGUCCUCGCCACAGAACUCACCGUAACAGCCUCCCUCGACCCAGCAGGCAACAUCCGCCGCGGCGCCUCGGCCGCCCUGCAGGAACUCAUCGGCCGGCACCCGGAUACCGUCGAAAAGGGCAUCUGGGUAGUCCAGGCCGUAGACUACCACACCGUCGCCCUGCGCUCGCGCGCGGUGCAUGACGUAGCCCUCAGCGCGACAAAACUUUCGUCGCAGUACGGCGUCGCGCUGCUGGACGGUCUGCUCGGCUGGCGGGGCAUAGGCGACGCCGACGUCGUCUCGCGGCGCGUGGCUGGUGCGUCGUUUGGUACGCUUACGUUGGAACUCGCGCGGCAGACGACGGCUUCUGCUUCGGCUUCGGCUGCUUCUUCGUCAACGUCCCCAUCUGGUGACCACAACGACGACGGGAGCGUUGCUCAGUUCACGGCGUCCAUCGACAGAGUUCUCGCACGCCUGCGUACGCUCCAGACGCGCCAGGUCGACGAACGACAUGGUCUCGUGCUCUGUCUCGCCUCCGUCCUCGAUAAAUUCCCCGAGCUGGUCGUCGAUAAACCGAUCGAUACCGUCAUCACUGAGAUCGCACAUCGCAUCAUCCGCGAACUAGAAUCACUCUUCACAGAAUUCCAAACGACAACAUACCGUCGACCAGAGCUAAUCGCCGAAGCAUACAGCCGUCUAAUCACUUCAUCAUUCCCUAUCCUACAAGCUACAUCAUCACCCAGCAGCCAAAUCACAAACCUAGAACCAGGCUACAAGGUCGUCUCAACAAACAACACCAAAAGCCUACUCGAUGCAAUCAAAACACUCGACGCCCAGGACAAGAACAACAAAAUCCCCGACAGCAUAGUCAACCUAGUCUCCACCUUCCACCCUAUCGUCAGCGCAGGCCUCACCCGCACAGAAAAGGAAGCCGUCGCCGCGUCCUCGGAAGCAGGGCUCGUCCUCCUCGUCUUCUCGCCCGCAGAAGAGCGCAAGCGCAUCGUCACAGAAUGGGCCGGCGCCGUGAGGCAGCGGCCGACGUCUCGUGCGGCCAGCGAUACGGGCACGCUGUUUGCGCUGACGAUGGCGUACUCUGUCACGACUACCUUUGGCGGCACCGACAGAAGCAUCGUCUGCGACACAAUCCUUGCGCGAUGGGCCAGCGACAACGAUAUUGACACGCGCGUGGCGAUCCUUCAGGCCCUGUCGCAGAGUGGUUUACUACGGGACCAGGCGCUUGUGUUCCUCGACCUGCUGGCCGAGGGUCUGAACGAUUACACGACCAACGCGAGAGGCGACGUCGGAUCCCAUGUGAGGUUGGAGGCGCUCAAGGCGACAAAAUCGUUGUGGACUAUGGCUCUUGGCGUGGAUCGCUCUCACUCUACUGGGGACGAUGAUGAUGGUAUUGCCAGGGAGAACAACAGCAACGACAACAAGAUGGACUGGCUUCCCGAGGCGGUCUCAAAGCUUUUCCUCCGGAUCCUACGUCUGGCCGCCGAGAAGCUGGAUCGCGUAAGAACCGAAGCACACGCUGUCCUUGCUUUGACUGUUGAGUCUAGCUUCGCAACAACCUUUACAAAGCUCACCUUUUCAUCAAAACCCUACUUCAAAACGCUGCUCAACCUCUACGCAACAGACAACAGCCUCCAACCGCCCAUCGCGGAGCCGGCCAGGGCCGACAAAGGGGCCUGGAUGGCAGAGCUGCUGGCGGGCUACGUCACGUCAGCCGACACGGGCAACGAGGACCUGGUGAUUGCGUCCCGCGCGGCGCUGGCUGACUUUUGCGCCACGUCGCCGCGGAACCUGGAUGCCGUCUGCGCGGCGCUGGUGAGCAACGUCAAGACCCGUCAGCAGCAGACACCAGGCCAGAGCCAGGGCCAGGGAGACCGCGUCGUGGUGCCGACGCUCGAGAUCGUGGCGUUCCUAUGCCACGUCGGGCUCUUUCAACAAUGUCGCGAGGUCGAUUUGCGGCACCUGUGUCUGCAGGUCCAAAAGGCGGGUUACAAGACGGGCAAUGUCAGGAAGCUGGAGGCUUGCAUCAAGGUGUACGGCUGCGUGGCUGGGUUCGACCUGGAGUGUGCCGGUGUGAAGGAGGAGGGGGAGGAGAUCCUCCGGGGUAAGAGGCGGGACGGCAUCUCAGAGGCCAGGAAGCGCCUCGGAGCGUUAAUGUUUCAUCCCUGGCCGAGGGUGAGAAGCUUGGUUGUCGACGAGCUGUGGAAGCUGUUUGGGGAGGAGGAUAAGGAUGGCAGCCACGGCGGCGGCGCCGAGUCGCUCAAGAGUGUCGACUGGAGUAAAGCCGACAAAGCCUCCAUCAACCGCGUCGUGGACCAGUUUGCAUUGUCUCGGGCAGCGUAGUCAAGCAAAGCAUAACACAAUGCGGCUUCUUGGGUUGCGCGAAACGCCGUGAUAGAGAAUGCUUCCUUUCGUCCCAACCAAGGUUAUACGUACCUUUUUACUCAGUGCGGGCCAGUCUCUUCGAGAAGAAAAGUGUAUAGUCAUCUGCCGGAUUGCGACGCUUCGCGGGAGGCGGGGGGCGGGAAAAUGGCGAGCUGUCAACAGAAAGGGAACACUGCUACCCCCUUCCCCGUCGUCCCGCCAGAUUUCAAGGUUCGGCCUCA